AUGGAGCAGUCUGGUGUGUGUGGGUACUUGCAGGACCUCAUCUACAAGUUGAGCAAAGUUGGGCAGGCCAUUGACAAGGACGAUCUCCCAGCCGCGAACAGCGUCCUGGGUCCAAGCACAGAUGCCCAGUGGGUGCAGAACAUCAAUGCAGCUUUCUCCAAGUUCAGCUCGAGCCCAGAGGAGAGGAGCACGGUUGAUAGCUUCAACGCCUCCUUGGCCUCAUUGUUCACAUCAGUGAACAAGUUUGAUGUUGGAUCCUCCAAGUCGGUGUUUGUGUCGUCAGCCACAGCGUUGGAGAAAUGGAUAGCGUUAGCCCGGCUGAGUGGCCAGCUUAAAGGCUUCUGAUAUGCGA